AGAGGGGCAGAGGUCCGGCCGAUAAGGAGCUUCUUAUCGCGUCCCACUUUACAUCCCCAUUCGCUCUUGGUUACACGUACAUGACCAAUUGUACAUUGCGGGGUCUAGAAAAUCAAUCGAUUUAUUAUAUCCCUUCUCUCCUCUCCGCCUUUGUGUUUUCAAUUGUUCUUCUCGCACUUGACCCUCCUCACCACGUCCAUUUUCGGUAAUCAGCUACCCCGCCAAGUAACUGUUCAAUCAUCAUGGGUCUCACGGAGAUUCGUAACGUGUGUGAGGUAUCUCUGAACAUUCCAGCCGAGAAGCAGGAAAAGUUGCACAAUAGAUGGCAUCCCGAUAUUCCUUUCGCUGGCACCAUCAAGAAUGGAGAGACCGUGAAGAUUGAAUGUGUCGAUUGGACAGGCGGGCAGAUUGGCAAUAAUAACAGUGCGGAUGACAUGAAGAAUGUUGAUCUUACUCGUAUCCAUUACCUAUCUGGACCAUUCGAGAUCGAGACUGCUGAGCCAGGUGAUGUCCUCCUUGUAGAGAUCAUGGAUGUACAGCCACAUGACAAGCAUCCAUGGGGAUUUACUGGAAUCUUUGAUAAGAACAAUGGAGGUGGCUUUCUUGACGAGAUCUACCCAACCGCAGCAAAAGCCAUCUGGGACUUUGAAGGAAUCUACUGCUCCUCCCGCCACAUCCCACACGUCAAAUUCCCCGGCCUCAUCCACCCCGGCAUCCUAGGCUGUGCCCCCUCAGCAGAAGUCCUCGCAACAUGGAACAAGCGCGAAGGAGAACUAAUCGCAGCCAACAAACUCGACCGCAUCGUCGCCCAACCCCCUGAACCCGAGAACGUCCACGCCGGCUCCGCAUCCGAGGACAUCAAAGCGAAAGUUGGACGCGAAGGCGCGCGUACGAUCCCCGGCCGUCCUGAACAUGGCGGGAAUUGCGACAUCAAGAACCUCUCGCGUGGGAGUAAGGUUUAUCUCCCGGUUCAUGUGAAGGGGGCUAAGUUCUCGGUGGGGGAUUUGCAUUUCUCGCAGGGUGAUGGGGAGAUUUCGUUUUGUGGUGCUAUUGAGAUGUCGGGGAUCGUUACAAUCAAUUUUAAGGUGAUGAAGAAUGGGAUUGCGGAUCUGGGCAUGAAGAGUCCGAUUUACUUGCCUGGACCUGUGGAACCGCACUAUGGUCCUGGACGCUAUUUGACUUUUGAGGGUUUUAGUGUUGAUGAGCAUGGAAAGCAACAUUAUAUGGAUGUUACUGUCGCUUAUAGACAGACUAUUCUAAGAUGCAUUGAGUAUCUUCGCCGUUUCGGAUACUCUGAUUACCAGGUCUACCUUCUGCUCUCCUGUGCACCUGUUCAAGGCCACGUUGCAGGCAUCGUCGAUAUCCCUAAUGCAUGCACAACUCUAGGUCUCCCAAUGGACAUCUUUGACUUCGACAUCUCUCCCACCGGCCCAGCCAAGAAACUGGACAUGGGAAGCUGUGCAUUCGAGACGGGUGUCAAGGAAGGCAAGGUUACCAGCGGUGGAGCGAACAGUGAGCAUAGUUUCGGUGGUGGGUUGACAUUCAAGGAGAAGACGAAUGUUGUGGAGAAUUUGAAGGAGAAGGUCAUGGGUUCUUGACAGGUUUGAGAGAAUAUGGAUGGGAGAUUGUUUGUCUUAGGGAGGAUGUGUGGAGUGGUGAAAUUGACUGAGGUAGCUAAGAGCAAUGAAGGUCCUUGAUCAGG